AUGGCGGCCGCAGAGGAUACACCUGUCGCACGACGUCUGCGCGGAGUCAAACACAUCAUCAUCGUCUGCUCCGGCAAGGGCGGCGUUGGCAAAUCCUCCGUCUCGACCCAGCUCGCGCUCUCUCUGCGUGCGUCCUCGCCGACGGCUCGCGUAGGUGUUCUUGAUGUCGAUCUUACGGGCCCCUCGAUACCCCGGAUGCUUGGUCUCGACGGACACUCGGUGCACCAGAGCAGCGACGGCUGGGUGCCCGUGUACGCGGACGGCAGCGAGGCACGCUUGGCCUGCAUGAGUGUGGGGUUUCUGUUGAAGAAAAAGGAGGACUCGGUCGUCUGGAGGGGUCCGAAGAAGAACGCUAUGAUCCGCCAGUUCCUAAGCGAUGUGCGGUGGGAGGAGCUGGACUAUCUGGUCAUCGACACACCACCUGGCACGUCCGACGAGCAUCUGUCGCUCGUGGAACAUAUGGCACCGGUUCAUUCGAGACUGUCUGCCGUACUUGUAACGACACCCCAGGCAGUUGCUCUUAUGGAUGCAAUGAAGUGCCUGUCUUUCACGCGUACCACCUCCAUCCCUGUCUUGGGCCUCAUCGAGAACAUGAGCGGAUACGUUUGCCCGUGCUGCGGCGAGAUCAGUAACGUGUUUUCGACUGGCGGUGGCGAAGAAAUGGCGAGACGGGAAGGCCUGCGGUUCCUGGGGAGCCUCCCCGUGGAUACCGAGCUCGUAUCGCUUUUGGACGCUACAGAGCCUGAGAGUCUGGGGUCGGUUGAGAGGCUCGCAGAUGGUGGCAGCGUGCGCUCGUUUCAGCUGCUAGAGCGUUAUCAAAAUACAUCCACUGCACCGCUGUUCCAAGCCAUCGUGGACAAGGUGGUACAGGCACUGUCGGGUGAUGACAGCCAUAUGAAUGCCGCUAUCUGA